CCGGUUCCCGCCCGGCUUCCUGCUCUGGGUUUCUCGGGCUAAGUCGGUUCCGGCAGUGAGCUCAGCCUGACCCCGAUCUGCGGGUCCCGCCCCUCGCCCGGCACCCUGGGCUGCGACACCUGUGCGAGGAGGCGCCCGGCGCCGAGCUGGUCCGACUGGUUCUGAGCAGGAAGCCGGCCGCCCUCGCCCCGGGCCGCCCGCCGACCAGCCCCGCGCUGCCCGGGCGUUCGUGCGGCGAUCCAAGCGGCCGUCUGUCCAGCGCGCGGGGGCCGGGGCGGGGACCGGGGCGGGGACCAGAGCGGAGGUGUGGGAGCCCACCCCCCGGGGUCACUCCUGACGGCAAAUCAGCGCGCGGCGCGGGGCGGGCGGGGAAUAUAAGCGCCAGGUGACCUACCUGGGCCGGUGACGGGGGAGGGGCGCGCAGGUGAGGCAGCCCCGCAGAGCGCGCGGCUUGGCAGCAUGUCCGGCGGCAAGAAGAACUGGUCCGCGCUGUCCAGCCUGGCCAGGCAGUGGACCCUGGAAGACGAGGAGGAGCAGGAGCGAGAGCGGCGGAGGAGGCAGCGAAACCUCAGCUCCAGCACAGACGACGAGGCUCCCAGGCUCGCCCAGAACGGAGGCCGGUCGGCAGCAGAGAGACUGCGGAGCGUGGAGGAAGCAGAGGUGUCCAAGCCACCACCCCCAGCCUCCAAAGAUGACAGCGAGGAUAUCCAGGCCAUCCUCAGGACGCGGCAGGAGCGCAGGCAAAGGCGGCAGGUGGUGGAGGUGGCCCAGACCCCCAUCCGGGAGCGGCUGGAGGCAGAGGAAGGGAGGGACAGCUCGGACCCUGAGCAGACCAGGCAGCAGCCCAUCACGCCCAAGAAGGAGGUGGAUGUGCCACCUCGCCGCAGACUGAGCCGGGAGCAGCGGGGCCCCUGGGCCAGGCAGGAGGAGAGCGUGGUGGGCAGAGCACCAGCAGGCGGGCAGAAGGGGGUCUCGGAGGAGUCCGCCGUGCCAGAGAAGACGUCGGCCCUGGAAAAGAGGCAGGGCUCAGAGAAAACCUCCGUCUCCGAGAGAAUGGCGCUGUCGGAGAACGUGGCAGCAUCAGAGAAGAAGCCAGUUCUAGAAAAAACAAGUACCUCGGAGAAGCUGCCAGCCCCAGGGAAGACGUCAGGUUCACAGAGGAGACUGGUGUCUGAGAAAGCGUCCAUCUUUGAGAAGUCACCAGUGUCAGAGACCAAGCUGCUCCCAAAGAGGGCAGCACGCUCAGAGCAGCCGCAGGCCCAGGAGCCACCAGCAACCGGGGGAAGCCAGGCCACCACCACGGAGCCGAAAACAAGGGCCCUCCCUGAGAAGAGCCCCCUGCCCUCGACAGAGCCGGCGGUGUCCACCUCUCCGACCGUGGCUUCCCGUCUCCCGCCCAUCACACUCCAGGUGAAAAUUCCCAUCAAGGAGGAAGAGGCGGACACGUUCUCGCCCACCCAGGUCACCUACAGCAGUUCGCUCCAGCGCUUCAGCCCCAGAACCAUCUCCUUUCGGAUGAGCCCCAGGAAAAACAGCUCGGAAGCAACCCUGACCCGCAGUGCCAGCGUGAGGCUCCCGGCCAGCAUGCUCAAGUUAGGCGAGAAGCUGGAGAGAUACCACACCGCCGUCCAGAGGUCUGAGGCCAUCAAGUCUCCAGGCUCUUCUCGCUCCGAGUUCUUUGUGGCUCCUGUGGGGGUAGCCAGUAAACGCCACCUCUUCGAGAAGGAGCUGACAGGCCAGAGCCGAGCAGAACCAGCCUCCAGCCGGAAGGAGAACUUGAGGCUCUCAGGGGUUGUGACAUCAAGACUCAAUCUGUGGAUCAGCAGGACCCAGGAGUCUGGAGAUCAGGACACCCAGGAGGUGCCGAGAGAGACUGCAGCUGCCAAGAGCACCCAGUGGGGAAAGAAGGCAGACCCGUCCCUGGACACCAAGGUGUGACAAGCCCUGCCUGCCAGGACAGACCUGCAAGUUCUCUUUCGAGGGCCCUCCUGCUUGCCGUGCCCCUGCCUCCUGCAGCUGCAUCCCCACUUGCCCUGCUCCCUUUCUGCCUCUGGACUUGGGACCAGGAAUGUCAGGGAGACUCACCCAGCUCCUUCCCAGCCCAGCCUCUGGGGACCCGUGGUCAGCCCGGGCCCAGCUCUGGCCUCGGCACCCUUGGGCCUCAGUGUCCCAUUCAGAGACUCUGCUUGCUGAUCACUUCCAGAGCAGCUGUGCGAUCCGCUCCCCGCAGGUGUGUCACCCCACUGCAGCCUGGUCCUCCCCGCCUGAGCCCCCGGGCUGGCCCCCGCUCGCUACGGCCCCACUGAGGAGGAGCAUGGCUGCCUUCCACAUGCCUGCCCCAAUCCGUGUCCCCUCACUGCCCUGGCCUCUGCCCUGGCAGGACCUCAGUGCCUUUUUGUGCCCCCCUCACCCUCCUCUCUGUUCUCAGGAAAAUUCUGAUAAACUCAUUCACUCUCA